GAAAUACUUUGAAAGUCUAGGUCUAAUAACCUCGAUGUGGUGAAUAAAAAUUACCUUCUAUUAUAAAAAUUUAAUUAAUAAAAUGGCAGAAGAUACAAUUAGCAAUAUAGCAAUAGCGGAGGAUGAGGACUACGUGGAUCCAUGGACUGUUACUGGAAAGUCGGACACCGGCAUUGAUUAUGACAAACUAAUAAAAAGGUUUGGCAGUCAGAAAAUUGAUGAUGAACUUAUACAGCGAUUUGAAAAAGUUACAGGAAGAAAAGCUCAUCAUCUGCUGAGACGUGGAAUAUUCUUUUCACAUAGAGACUUAAAUGUAAUAAUUAAUUUACAUGAAGCGGGAAAGAAAUUUUACUUGUACACUGGAAGAGGGCCAUCAUCGGACAGUAUGCAUCUCGGACAUAUGAUUCCUUUUAUGUUUACUAAAUGGUUACAAGAUGUUUUCAAUGUACCUCUAAUUAUUCAACUGACAGAUGAUGAGAAGGUACUGUGGAGAGAUAUAAAAGUUGAAGAUGCAAGGAAAAUGGCUUAUAAUAAUGCUAAAGAUAUUAUAGCAAUUGGAUUUGAUCCUUCAAAUACAUUUAUAUUUAAUGAUUUGGAUUUUAUUGGGCAGUGCCCAGCUUUUUACCAGAACAUGUUAAGGAUACAGAAAUGUGUCACAUACAACCAAGUAAAGGGCAUAUUCGGUUUCGGUGACUCUGAUGUCAUUGGCAAGAUAACAUUCCCAUCGAUUGAAGCCGCUCCAGCCUUUUCCACCACUUUUCCAUUUAUUUUUGAAAAUAAAAUUGUACAUUGUUUGGUUCCGUGCGCGAUCGAUCAGGAUCCAUACUUCCGUAUGACGCGAGAUGUGGCUGUUCGUCUCAAAUUGCCCAAACCUUCUCUGAUACACUCUACAUUCUUGCCGGCUCUUCAAGGCGCUCAACACAAAAUGUCCGCUAGUGAUUGUAACGCUUCGAUAUUCUUGAACGACACUCCGAAGCAAAUAAAAAAUAAGAUAAACAAAUACGCGUUUUCGGGAGGCCAAGUCACGGUGGAGGAGCACAGAGAGAAGGGUGGUAACACUGAUGUGGAUAUUUCUUACAAGUAUUUAGUUUUCUUCCUUGAAGACGACGACAAACUCGCUGAGAUCAAGAAGUCUUACGAGUCAGGACAGAUGUUAACAGGAGAACUUAAGAAGAUAGCUAUAGACACCAUUACAGGAUACGUUCAAGAUUAUCAAGCUCGAAGAGCCAAGGUCACAGAUGAGGUCAUGCACGAAUAUUUCAGAAUAAGGAAAAUCGUCGUUUAAAACUAUAACAAUAAAGUCGCAUUUAAAUUAACUGCAAAUAUGUUCCAUUAUUUAUUUCUUUAAAAAAAUCGUAAAUCUAUUUAUAAAAAAAAUCUGCAUGAA